AUGCCACCUUCAACAACCACGCAACCACCGCCGGUAGUCAACCAUCCUGUCACCGCACCUAUCCAGCAGCCACCUGAACCCGCCAAGCAACCCGCACUCACCACAAAUCCGGAACGGCGAGGGAGCACCGGCAUGGUUGAUCCGUCAUCUACGGCACACGAGAUGGACGUUGACCCGACGCGAGGAUGCUCCGUUCCGAUCCCGGAGAGGUCUCACUACCCAGACUCAUUCUGGACGGCGCCGGCAACCGGUCCUCAGAGCUCACCGCCGGUGUCUCCCAAGACGAUGCCGGAGCAUGUUCUUCCGUCCAUGCUCCGGCUGGGCGAAGAACCUGGAUCGGCGCCCGGUCCUGUGAACGGGUUGACUAGCGGCAGCGGGGCCGCGACAAGCGACGUUGGCUUUGCCGGAUCGGCUUAUCCGAAUAACGACCCGAACAAUGUCUCACAACCGACACGAGCGGAAGGUACGCCACCUCAAACCAACGCGGAUAAUCAAAUGCAAACUGAGACUGCAAAGGACACGCACACCGUCGACAUACUUCCAGAGCCGGCUGGCGGUACUAACGUUGGCCACGCCGGCCUCGAGAGUCUGGCCACUGCGACGGUAGAUACAGCUAAUUCACAGCAACAGCAAGGCACAGCAGAGGCCAUGCCAUCGGGGCCAGCGGGAUUCAAUUAUACUCAGCCCUGUGCCCCCGCUGAGCCAAAGCAGACACUGACCGUUCCCGUGUUGGAUUACCAAAGGAGUCACAGCCCAGAAAGGGUUCCAGACGCCCACAGACAAUCUCACACUCACCAUCCUCUGCCUCACGCUAGCCCAGUGUCUUCACUUGCCCAUAUUCCGCUUCAUCCGUCAGCGCACACUUCUUCUCACGGUACAUCCUCAGCCCAAGCCGACUCCUGCGGAAACCGUGCUGGAGGCGGGACGAAGGGGCCAUGUCGGCAAUGCAUGGAAGCAAGAAUGCGCCAGCAAGCAGCAAACCAAGCGGCCAGCAUGAAUGCGGCAGCUGGUCUUCCCGCGAGUGGUAAAGGUCCUGUGACGAAUCCAACCUCCGUUCCAUCGACAGCAAUCCAGCAACCGUGGACACACAUGCUUGGCAUCAACCCAUAUCACAACAUGAUGGCCGGCGCCAUGUACGGCCCGAUGCUCCAGCAACCCAUGAUGACACCAAACGGCCACUUCACUCUCCCUCAGCAACAUGCCCAUAUCCCCCAUGGACUUUCUUCCGCACAGCAGACAGGCGGCCACAUGCUCUCUAUGUCACAUCCGCCAUCGAUGCCGCCAACUCAAUCAUUCAUCCCGGCCCAGAUGAACCCGAAGCCCGCCAAACCACCUACCAACCACACGCAAGCCACCCGAGCGCAAGAAGCACAGCUCACGACAAAACACAUCAUCGUCGACAUCGCAGACACGUGCCUCAACAUGUUCCCGUUCGAAGACGUGGCCAAACGACACAACCAGCCCGAGCAGAAGGUCCGCGACAUCUUUUCCGCCGUCAUCCAGGUGCCGCUCCUGCGUUGCAACACGGACAAGAGGAGGGCGGGCAAGCUGGGCACGGCGAGGGUGAAGGAGUUCAACCAGGCCAAGAAGGACGCGCAGGCCCAGGCGAGCGCGAACCAGUUGAAGCAGGACUCGGUGAACCAGGGUCCUUACCCGCCCUCGGCCUGGGAGAUGGCGCAGUUCAUGGGGCCCGGCGACGUACGGCUCGGGACGUUGUCUCAGUUCUCGGGGCCAUGGUGA